CGUAGCUCAUGCACCAGCCACGCACUUCCCAACCUCACCACCGCAGCAUCACCGUGGCCCCCCUUCCUCUCUCCAUCUGGUCAUCCCACUCACCCUCUUGUGCAUAUAUAUAUAUAUAUAUAUAUAUAUCACCAACACCGACCCCAACCCCAACCCCAACUCUCCAAGAGCGUCACUUUGGCAUUUUCACAAACACCUCUUGUGUCCUCGUCAGCUCUCUCUCUCUCUCUCUCUCUCUCUCUCUCUCUCUCUCUAAUUUGAGCAGAUUAAUGAGAACCCAGGUUGAAGAGAGGUUCUCUGAGUUUUUUGAGAAGUGGGUUUGUCAGCUUGAGCAGCUCCAGCAACAGCUUCUCAAGCUGUCUGAGGAGACACUGCAGAAUGAGGUAGAGCUACAAGCUUUGGUGUCGAAAGUCACCUACCUACACAAGGAAUAUUACACUGUGAAAUGGGCUGCUGCUCGUGAAGAUGUCCUGGCCUUCUUUUGCCCUGUUUGGUCGAGCCCUUUAGAGAAUGCCUAUAAUUGGGUCACUGGUUGGAAGCCUUCAAUGCUGUUUCAGCUCAUUGGGUCGCUGAGGAAGACGAGGCUGGUGAACAUGUCGGAGGAGCAGCUGAAGAAGAUUGAAGUGCUGAGGCUGAAGAUGAGGUAUGAGGAGGAGAAGGUGGAGAGGGAAAUGGAGAGGCAGCAGGUGGCCAUGGCGGACCGGAGGAUGGUCGAGUUGGCCCGGUUGGCGAGCCGGGUGAGGAACGGCGGCGAGGUGGUGGAGGUGGAGGUGGAAGGGUUAGUGGAUAUGGCAUUGAAGGUGAUGUUGAGUGGGUUGGAGAGGGUGAUGAAGGCUGCAGAUUGUGUGAGGCUCAAGACAUUGAAGGGUGUUUUGGAUGUGCUGAGCCCAUUGCAGUGUGUGGAGUUCUUGGCUGCUACUUGCAUGGUUCAGAUUAGGCUAAGGCAAUGGGGAAGGAAAAAAUGUGACCAAAAUGCUCUCCUAAACCAUUAGCUGGUUUUUUGUAUAGGAAUUAGAGAGUGUGGAUCCUAAUUUUACCUUGUUACGUGUUUUACAAUUUUGAACAGGAAAAUACAUGAUCCACAUUAGGCUUCACCAAAUUGAAAUCAUUUCUUGAAGAGAAAAUGAAACUCAUUGUUUGUUUGUUUGCAUGUCUCUCUCAGUUAUAAUAUUUUUGUUUGGGUAACAAUCAACAGCAGCUUCUGAGUUUGAACUAGUGCUCUGCUGCAUUCGCAUAUGGUGGAUCAGAACUGUAAAACACAUGAAUGAUUGGAAACUGCAACAAGGUUCAAAACCUAUGUAUAAUAUAAGGUUCACAAAUUUAUAAUUAAGCACAGGCGCCGAUCCAAGCGCCAUGUUAGUUUUACAUUCACACUUUGAUCACAAAAUACAUAUUUGUGUAUAUCUGGUAUAAAUUAAGUUAGGACACAAGAGCACUCCAGCAGUAAAAGAAUAGCACUUUGUUAUGUAAGAAAGAAUGAGAAUGGAAUGAAUCAUAAGGACACAUAUAAAAGACAAAAAGGGAUUUGAAUACAAGCAUGAAGUAUGUAUGGGGAAGGACUUAGCUAUGAAGGGGGAGGAGCACAGAGUUAAAACUUAAAAAACUACUUUUCAGCUUCAUUUUUCUUCUUUUUUUUUUCUUUUU